GCAGCUCCCUGAUUGUUUCUAAUUCUGCUAUUAAUUCUAACGGUACUGCUGACUCACUCAGCUCCAGCCCGAACAUUUCCAGUGCCGCCAGCCCGAAGCUGGAGCCGCCUCCAUCACCACAUGCCAACAGGAAGAAGCAUCGCAGGAAAAAGAGCACAGGGACCACUCGGCCUGACGGCCCCAGCACGGCAGCAGAAGAACCAGAUGAGCCAUUUGAGUUCAUUAUUGUGUCGCUGACGGGCCAGACAUGGCUCUUUGAGGCCUCAACGUCAGAGGAGCGGGAGCUGUGGGUGCAGGCCAUCGAGAGCCAGAUCCUGGCCAGCCUGCAGGGCUGUGAGAGCAGCAAAAACAAGGCUCGGCUGGGCAGCCAGGGCGACGCGCAGGCCAUGCAGGCCGUCCGCACCGCACGCGGGAACAGCUUCUGUGUGGACUGUGACGCACCAAAUCCAGAUUGGGCUAGUCUGAACCUGGGUGCCCUCAUGUGCAUCGAGUGCUCCGGGAUCCAUCGCAACCUGGGCACCCACCUGUCCCGCGUGCGCUCCCUGGACCUGGAUGACUGGCCUAGUGAGCUUCUCAUGGUCAUGACAGCCAUCGGCAACGCCCUGGCCAACGCUGUCUGGGAGGGAACAGUGGAGGGGUACCCCAAGCCCACUCCUGAGAGCAGUCGGGAGGAGAAGGAGCGCUGGAUCCGGGCCAAGUAUGAGCAGAAGCUCUUCCUGGCCCCACUGCCCCAGUCGGACAUCCCGCUGGGGCAGCAGCUGCUGCGGGCUGUGGUGGAGGACGACCUGCGCCUCGUGGUGACACUCCUGGCUCAUGGCACCAAGGAAGAAGUGAAUGAGACCUACGGGGAUGGAGAUGGGCGCACAGCCCUGCAUCUCUCCUGUGCCAUGGCCAAUGUAGUCUUCACACAGCUGCUCAUCUGG